AUGAAGUUUCUCCAGACUGUCAGCACCUGCGUGCUUGCGCUUUCUUCCCUUGUCAGCGCAGCGAGCUUCUCAAACCCUCUCAAGAAGACUGACGGCUCUGACCCGCACAUUGUCUGGACCGGAGGAUACUACUAUCUCAUGACCACAACAUGGACCAACCUCCAGAUCACCCGAGCCAAAACGCUCGAAGGCCUCAAGAACGGAGAGAAGAAGAUCGUCUGGACAGACACCAAUACGAACAGGAAUGCUAACAUGUGGGCUCCUGAGCUCCAAUACUUUGAUGGGCUGUGGUACAUAUACUACACAGCCGGUUCUUCAGCAAACCUUGACCUUCAGCGUCCACACGUCCUCAAAGGUGGUGCCGAUCCUUUCCAAUCAUAUUCCUUCCUCGCGACUCUGACCAACACCUGGGGCAUUGACGGUAGCAUUGUCCGUUUCAGCUCCUGGGGCAACUACUUCGUAUGGUCCUGCAUGUCCGACAGUCUCCAAUCGCUCUGCAUCGCACCACUCACUUCACCCGGCAAGAUCGGCGCUACUAAGGUCCUCUCGCAGCCUACACAGAGCUGGGAGAAGAACGGUGCCCCCGUCAUGGAAGGACCCGCUGCCAUGUACAAUGGCGGGAAGACUUACCUUACUUAUUCUGCAAGCUACUGUUGGACUCCUGACUACAGCUUGGGCCUCUUGACUUGGAACGGAAGUGGUGACCCAUCGCUGAGUGCUAGCUGGGCCAAGUCUGGCCCUGUCUUGAAGAGCGCGAACUCGAAUUAUGGUCCUGGACAUAAUGGCUUCUUCACGAGUCCCGAUGGUAAGGAGAUCUGGAACGUGUACCAUGCUACAGCAAACAGCGCCGGCUCAUGUGACGGCAACCGAUACACCAUGGCCCAGAAGGUUACCUUCAACUCAAACGGUACACCGAAUUUUGGCACUCCCGCGAAGUUGGGCACUACCAUCACCGGUCCUUCUGGAGAGUGA